CAAAGAUGUGUGACUGCGCUCUUCAGUGCAUUCAGACGUUCUAAUUAUCCACCAUAGUCCUGACAGAUCCCCAAGCUGAUACUGGGCUACUUUUUGUCCCUUGGAGAGACAGCUCGAAGAGAGAGUAUGGGAAGGAGGUAUUUAUAGAGAAAUGGGGCCUCACUUUACACUUUUUGGAGAGAGAAUCAUUAAGGAUCUGUGCUAGGUGUCCCAGUUUCUUGAUUUGAGCUCUGCAGGCAGGACUAGCAAGACUCGCCAGAGAUGCAGAAUCAACUCAUCGACAACAUCACUCUGGCACUCGAUGCAGUGUCACUCUUUUUUUAAGUGGCGGUGCUCUGCAUGCCACACGAUGAUGGGGGGCAUUCGAAAGGCAUUUCCCCUGAAGCAUGGUGAUGUGCAGUAAGAGGAUCUCAUGGAAGACGUGGACCAGGCGUUUUGUUCUCCAAAUUUUUGAUACCUGUUGAAUUACGACAAAAUGAAGAAAUUCCUCCAGAAUAAGAAAGGAAGAUACUCCUUACGGCAGAACAAGCCGGGUCCUCGAUAUCCGCCCAAAGAUUUUUUCCUCACCAUGCCAGCAUCCAACCAGGGCUGGCCAGAGGAGUUUGGCUUUCAGAUAGGGGGGAAUGGGCCCAGCUACAUCUUGACUGUGGAGGAUGGAAGCAGUGCUCAUCUGUCUGGACUGCAACCUGGAGACCAGGUCUUGGAGAUUGAGGGGCAGAACGUUUCCAGUCUUAGUGCUCAAGAGGUCAUUGCCCUUGCCCAAUCACACCGAAACAUCCCGCCCAGUAUUGGAGUAGUUUCACGCAUCCAGCAGAUGGAUAUCACUCCAGGCCCUGAUGGUCGCUUCGGUUUCACUAUCGUGGGAGACUGCCCCCUGCUGGUGGAGGAUUGCUCCCCCUGCUCCCCAGCGGGUCGCAGUGGUCUCAGAGCUGGAGAUUAUGUCAUGGAGGUGAAUGGGAUCCCAGUGAAGCACCAUGAGAUGGCAGCCGCUUUGAUAAAGGCCUCUCAGGGCCGCACGCUGCGGCUUGGGGUGCUGUGCAUGGGCAGUCGCCAGAAACGCAGCAGCGGGAGUCUAGAGGGCUCUCAGAAAGACACAGAUGGCAUGCGUCAGGACCGCAAACACAAGGCUCUGGAGUUCAAUAGGAGGGUUGAGGAGAUUUUGAGGAAUGAACCAGAGGUGAAAGAGAAACUGUUUGCUGUACUGAAACAGUUUGCUGCUGAGAGGAAGGUGGACUGGCUUGCUUCCGUUCUUCCUGACAUCUUGACAACUGAAGAGCAGCAACAGCUCAUCUUAAACAUCAGGAUCUUCAUUCCCAAGAAGCAUCGGCAGCGCUUUGACGAGGCCGUUUCUCAGAGUCUCCUCAACCGCAUGUGCCGUAGCAAGAGCCUUGGCGAGCCCCAAAACAGGCUCCGCCGAAGCCGAAGUCAAGACCACCAUGAGCGUCCGCAAGGCUCGAAACGGGCCAGUUCUGUGCCCAGAGAUACCGGCGAUGACCCGGCCCAACCUGAGCGUGGCCUUAGGAAGAGCACCACCAUGAUUCCCAGCCACUAUGUCACUGGAGCUAACCAGAGAACCAUCCGUGUGUACAGGGGUAAGAAGAGUUUUGGGUUUACUCUGAGAGGUCACGCUCCUGUGUGGAUCGACUCAGUAAUGACAGGUAGUCCAGCUGAGGCGUGUGGCCUUAAACCAGGAGACCGCAUACUGUUCCUCAAUGGCCUAGACAUGAGGAACUGCUCCCAUGAGAAAGUGGUGUCCAUGCUGCAGGGCAGUGGUGCCAUGCCCACUCUAGUGCUGGAAGAGGGCCCCGUAGAUUAUCCGCUCUCAGAUUCAGAGCCGGAGGAGUCCCCCACCAUCCCGCGCUCGCGCUCCCCGGCCCUCAGCUCCCUGCAGUGGGUGGCCGAGAUCCUGCCUCCCAGCAUCCGCGUGCACGGCCGUACCUUCAGCCAGCAACUUCAACACCUCCUCACCCUACAAGAAAGAUAUACCAUUUGCAAAGCUCUGGAGACCUUCUUCCAGCACAGGAAUGUGGACACACUCAUUGUAGAUGUGUUUCCUGUGCUGGACACUCCAGCCAAGCAGCUGAUUUGGCAGUUCAUUUACCAGCUGCUGACCUACGAGGAACAGGAACACUGCAAGAGCAAGAUCGCCCGCUUCCUGGGCUUCAAGAGUGCAGAACCAGAGGUAGGUCCAGAAACCCACAGACGGAGCAGCUCCAUGCGAGUGUCAGGUACCUCUCACAAAAACACUGUGAGAGAGAGAAGCUCAGACGACUGCAUCAUCGGCACUCACCUGGGAAUGGGAACAUUCACUGACCCUGUGACUCCAGAGGAAAGACAGUGUGGGGAUGGGACUUCCUUCCCAGAGUCCCCAGAUCUCAGCCACAUGUCAGGAGUGUACACGGAGCUUGAGAACAUGUUUCCCGGGAAGAGCAACCAGUCUCUCCAGAGUCACUCCUCACCCAGGGCUGUUGGCAUGGGCCACGCUGAGAACAACACAUACACUCAGUCUUUCACACACAGUAACGCAGGGAACCGUAAGUCAGGCCUCUCUCUUUCAUGGACUGAAUCCUUUCCUGGCCCUCAGUUUGAGCCUUACCAGCAGACUGUUCCUUCUCCAGACAGUGUGGACUCUAAUCCUUAUGUUAGUUUAGACAGCCCCCCUGCCUCCCCUCUGCCUUCUGAUGAACCCAGUCCUCUGCCCCAGCGCAGGAAGCUCUUCACCUUCUCACGUCCACCUCGCAGCCGAGACACCGACAAGUUCCUGGAUGCUCUGAGCGAGCAGUUGGGACACCGGGUCAAUAUCGUGGAUGACUUUAAGGGAGGGGAGAAUGAUUAUGAGGAGAUGAGUUUCCAGGAUGACCAGGAAGUGAACAUGCUGCCUCAUGAGUUAAGCAGUGCCAGCAAGCUCAGGGCCCAGCACACCCGUCCCCGACGCUCCUCUCCCCAGCCCAGCGCUCCACCCAUUCUCCAGCUGCACCAACCGAAGGCUCACCCCAUCCUACAGUCAUCCCCGCGCACCUCCCCUCAACCCCCUCACGCAAGCACACAGCACACUCACCUACGACAUCCCACCCAGUCCAUCUACCAGAGCCAGCAGACCUCUGCCCCCAGAACCUCCCCUAACCUGACCAAACAAAAGAGCCUCCAUUCCCUGCCUUCCCAACAAAGCUAUGAUGGUACGCUCUCAACCAAGGUUCCCCCACCACCGCCACCUCCUUUACCCCCACCUUGUGAUCCUCCACCUUUGCCCAAAGCCAGCCCGAAAGCCUCUGACAACAACCACAUGAGCGUGAAGAGACUGCGCUGGGAGCAGGUGGAGAACUCUGAAGGAACUAUCUGGGGACAGCUUGGAGAUGAUCCUGAUUAUCAUAAACUCAGUGACAUGGUCAAGUACCUGGAUCUGGAUCUGUACUUCGGCACACAGAGGAAUUCCAUCUCUCUUCCAGAGCCCACUUUCCUGCCCGAGAACUUUAAAAAGAAAGACGUGGUCGAGAUUCUCUCCCAUAAAAAGGCCUACAACGCCUCUAUCCUCAUUGCACAUCUGAAGCUGUCCCCGAAGGAGCUGCGAGAAAUCCUCAUGACCAUGAGCACUGAGCGUCUGGAGCCCGCACACAUUAAACAACUGUUGCUUUACGCUCCUGAUGACGAGGAGGUCAAACAGUUUCAGCAUUACGACCAGGACCCCGCCAAACUUAGCGAGCCUGACCAGUUUGUCCUACAGAUGCUACUAGUUCCUGAGUAUAAAACCAGACUGAGGAGUCUUCUUUUUAAGACCACUGUGCAGGAGAAAACAGAAGAAAUGAGAGGCGCAUAUGAAUGCAUAUACAAAGCCUCAUUAGAGCUUAAAAACAGCAAGAGGUUGGCCAAGAUCCUGGAGUUUGUUUUAGCAAUGGGAAAUUAUCUGAAUAAUGGUCAACCCAAGACGAAUAAAACAACAGGAUUCAAAAUUAAUUUUCUUACCGAGCUGAACACAACAAAAACAGUUGAUGGAAAGUCGACUUUCCUCCAUAUUCUUGCCAAAUCAUUAUGCCAACACUUCCCAGAACUCAUCGACUUCGCCAGGGACCUCAUAACAGUGCCACUAGCUGCCAAAGUCAAUCAGAGGACCAUUACUGCUGAGCUCAGUGACCUUCACUCCACCAUCCAAGACAUAAGAACCUCCUGUGUGAAAAUCCCAGCUACUGCAGAGGAUGGCUUCGCAUCGGUUAUGAGUAGCUUUCUGGAAAACUGUCAUCCAGCUGUGCAGUCCCUAGACUCCUUGCAGCAAAGAGCAAUGGAUGAGUUUCAUAAAGUGGCCUCCUACUUUGGAGAAGACAGUAAGGCCACGACCACAGAAACCUUCUUUGGCAUCUUCGCCGAAUUUAUCUCCAAAUUUGAGAGAGCACUGAGUGAGACGCAAGGAACAGAAAACCCCAGAAGCCCCCGAAUAGCCUCGCCGCUGGCAUGGUGAAACCAACAGCAUCUGCUGUUUCUAAUCCAGAACGCCCAUGUGCCAAUAAAAACAGGGAACUUGAUAGCGUGAAGGGAAAUGAACCUUACUUUAAAUGUCUUCGAUGAAUUAAAAAUAUCUUUAGAAUAAAAAAGAUAUAUAUUUUAUACAGAACUUCAGCGAGAAAGUAUAUUAAUAUAGCCUAAUAAUAAUCAUUUUGUUUUGAGAUUUCCAGCUGCUAGAGAAUGUAACAGGAACAUGCACACUUCAGGUGAAGAGGAUUGAUGGUAUAUUUUGGUAUGGUAUACUUACUCAUCCUCAAGCCAAAUGUAUUUUAACACAC